AUGCAUGCUCCUACGGUCACCCUUUGGGAAAAAGUCAAGCGUGUGUUGAGGUAUGUCAAAGGGACUCUAUCUUAUGGUUUACGUAUCCAAAAAUCUGAGUCUAGAGAAUUGAAUGCCUUCUCUAACUCAGACUGGGCUGGUUGUCCUAAGGAUCGUAAGUCAACCAGUGGUUAUGCUGUUUUUCUUGGAUCAAAUCUUGUGUCUUGGGUGUGCAAGAAGCAAAGAACUAUGGCCAGAUCUUCUAUGGAGGCUGAAUACAAGGGUCUAGCUGAUGUUUGUGCUGAGAAAGCAACAAAGUUUGCAACAUUUUCAUCAGACGGGUUAUCUGUUGUUUCCUCUUCAUCAUCACUUAGGGUAGACACAGACAUAGAUUUCUUUCUUUUGAGUGGCCGAUUUAGGGUUUUAGCUGUGUCUGUGGAUGUAGUUCUGAAGUGCCCGACUCAUCCAGUCUAG